CGCAUGUCUUAUGUCUGGUGUGGUUUCUCUUAAGUGAAUCUAAACUCUAAUAGUUUCUCCUUAUAUAUAUCAUGCAACAAGCCUAUUGGAUUCUUCAUCAACCACAACUUGCAUUCAAAGAGUUACGUUAUACAACACAAUUUGCACAUCUCUUCCUCUUUCCAAUCUUAAACAGCUUUUCCCUAAAUAUAAUGAUGAACACAAAGAAGCUCUUGAAGAUGGCCAAGAAAUGGCAACAGAGAGCUGCCUUAAGAAGGAAAAGAAUCUCUUUUCAUAGAUCAACUGAUACUACUAGCAGCUCAACCGCUGCAGAGAAGGGCUGUUUUGUGGUUUACACAUCCGAUAGAAUCCGCUUUGCUUUUCCAAUAAGUUAUCUGAGCAACUCUGUUAUCCAAGAGCUCUUGAAGAUAUCCGAAGAAGAGUUUGGCAUCCCCACGGAAGGACCAAUCACAUUGCCAUUCGAUUCGGUUUUCUUGGAGUAUCUCAUCAGAUUGGUCCAAAGACGAAUGGAUGGAGACACAGAAAAGGCUCUUAUAACGUCAAUCUCUAGUACUAGAUGUUCUUUACCAUGCUCUUUUCAACUUCAAGAACAUAGUAGUACUCGGCUUGUAUUUUAGAGAAUCAAAAUCAAGCCAUUUCUUCUUUGUUUGUAAUGAUUCUACUGUAUUAUUAGAUUAGUCAGAUCAUUACAGAAAUACAAGAUAUCAUGUUUGUCUCUCUUUU